GGACUAUAUUUUAACACGCAAGGUUUUCCUGUUUUAUACAUAAAUUAGUCCAACAUCACAGAGGGUGUAUCUUAUAGUAAUUGACUAGAAGAAUUUCCUUACCAUUUUCUUUCUACGGUAUAUAGUAGUAUACUUGCGAAUUAUCGUAUACUAAGAUUAUCGUAUCAAGUACUCAUAACAUCAAGUAGCAGGAAACAGUUUAACAUCAUUAAGUAGAGACUUUGCUCUCGCCAGUAACGAGAGACUAGAACCAUGGCAACUAGAGGUGGCCAACAGCGUCCUAACGGGGCAUCACAGGGAAAGAUAUGUCAGUUCAAAUUAGUGCUGUUAGGGGAAUCAGCAGUAGGGAAGUCCAGUUUGGUUCUUCGUUUUGUCAAAGGACAGUUUCAUGAAUACCAAGAGAGCACAAUUGGAGCCGCAUUCCUUACACAGACUGUCUGUCUAGAUGACACAACAGUUAAGUUUGAAAUCUGGGAUACGGCAGGUCAGGAACGUUACCACAGUCUGGCCCCCAUGUACUACAGAGGAGCCCAGGCAGCUAUUGUUGUAUAUGACAUAACAAAUCCAGACACAUUUGGCAGGGCCAAAACGUGGGUUAAGGAACUUCAGCGUCAAGCCAGUCCAAAUAUCGUGAUAGCUUUGGCCGGCAACAAGGCAGAUCUGGCUAACAAAAGGAUGGUGGAGCAUGACGAAGCUCAUUCUUAUGCUGAAGAAAACAGCCUUUUGUUCAUGGAAACCUCAGCUAAAACAGCUAUGAAUGUGAAUGAUAUUUUCCUUGCAAUAGCCAAGAAACUGCCCAAGAGUGAAACAACAGGGACACCACAACAAAGGCAACAAGGUGUUCGACUCAAUAAUGAACAGGGGGGUCAACAGUCAGAAGGGGGUUGCUGCAAGUAACCAACCUUACAUUGAUUCCUUUUAUUUCCAUUUUUUUUUAAAUGUCUUAAAAUGCCCCAGUACGAUUUUUCUUCUGUCGAGGUGAUAAAAACAUUAACAGAAAUUGACUUACUGUGAAAUGUAUAAAUAAACAAUGGAAAUGCUUGCACAGUGAACAGUUCUGAUAAACAUUUGUUUUAGGUUGAAGAAUGUGUAAGUUUGUGGACAGUAUUUGUAUGGUUUGAUUGAGAGUGAAGUGAAUGGGUUGGAAGACUGGAUUCUUAUUACAUAUGAAAUGCUUUUUUUUUUUUUUUGCUUGCCCUGGCUAUUCAACAAAGCUGGGCAUUAUGGUGAGCUUUGCCCAAUUACUUGUAAAAAAUGUAAUAAUAAUUUAAUACAACUGAACAGAGACUUUCCGACAAAGGACGCGACAUUAUGAAUUAUCAACAGCUCAGUAAUUUCUAUACAGCGGUGUAAUUGAACAAACAGACUAUUGUUCUGUGUAAUCUGAUAUCUUACAGUUACAUGCUUACAUUUUGAUUUAAUGACCUUUGACUAGCUAAUUUUAGUUUAUUUUUUUUUUUUUUACUGCAAGCAUUUAGGGUGAUGUUGUCUUGCAAUCUUAGGCAAGAUUAUUAAUGUGACUGAAUGAUUUCAGUGAUGUGAUAGUCAUGCAUAUGGUCAGUGGAUGUUUCAGGAAUAAUCUCUUUGAUAAGUUUAAUUUUAAACUGUUUGAACUGAAAUCAGCUGGUUUGACAUGACUUGAUGAUGUACAGUCUUGUUUUGGAAUACAUGAUGCAGAUUAAUUUUUUUGUGUACUUUAGUUUUGUAUAAGUUAAAAGUGCUAUGAAAAUUAAUAGUUUAUUAAGAAGAUUUUAUUGUAACUGUUUUUUUUAUUUAAAAAAAAAACACAUAAACAAAAGGUGGUCCAAAUAUGUGGGGAUGUUGUAAACUAGAACUCUUGUGAAUUAAACGAAAAUCAUGAGAGUUAUAUACCCUUGUGAACUUAUUAACUUAUUGUUGUUUUUUGGUCUUCUGUUUUUCUGAAGUAAAACUGAAUAUUUCAUCACUCAGUUAAUCUAUUCAUUCAAUGACAAUUAUUGUACAAUGAUAUAUAUAAUAAAUUGUUUAUACACCCUUUUUUGUGAUUUAAUGUCUUGUCCACUGGGAUGUUAUGUUUAUUUUUUUUUUCUUCCACCCUUUUGUUUUGCGAUCAUAAUCCUAAAGUUAUUUUAAAAACUCCUCACCUGAUUGAAUUAUUACUACAUAAUUAAAUAACCAAGUAACUUGCAACUUUUAUAUAUUAAAACCCCCACUCAUUUUCUUGUCACAAACAAGUUUUAUCUGGCAACUGUUUAGAUUUAUCUGGCAACUUUGUUUAGCUAGACACUUUGCCAGCUUGUAUGUUAGACCUUACAUACACAACAUUAAUGUGGAUGUAGACAAAUGUCAAUUUCAUACCAUGCAAACAGCACCACCACCACAUUAAAUAAUUUGGUUUAUCAAUAAGCACCUCUGGACUAUUUUUUUUUAAACCUGUUGUAUAUCAUGUACUUACUUACAAUCUCAAAAGAAAUUUUAAAAAGGAAGUCUGGAAACAGUCACAUUACUAAUAAAAUUCUUACUAAUAGGCUGGAGAUUUUUUUUUUUUACUCCUUAAGGAAUACUUUUUGUGUGCUUGAUGCAUUUAAAUCUACACUUGCAAUAAUUAUCACAGAAAACUGUCUCUUCAAUAUCUUUUAACUGUUGUUGUGAAGGGUAGAUAAACUCAGUUACUUGUCCCAAGUAAAUGAUAAAAAAAGUAAUUGAAAAUAGAUAACUGUCCAAUAAAGUUUUAGGUUUAAUUUGCUGCUAGUUCACAGAGUUCACUCUGAUUCCUGUCUGAUGUAAUGUUAUGAACAUUGUGUGAUAAAUAAACUUGCACAAGCUUUUUAUAUGGGUUUAUUUUUUGUUUUGUUUCAAGCUGCAGACUUUAAAAAAUCUGGCAGGAAGACAAAAUGUUUUCAUACACAGGAAUCCAUGUCACAAAAUUGUUUCCUUGUGAUGUAUAAAGAGCAACUCUAGCUUCUUGUAAUUGCUGUAAUUGCAUUUUAAAUUUAGGGGUUUAAAUCAGAGGGUCUUAUUUUUUUUCCUUUUGGUCCUCGCUUAUUUUAAGGUAAUAAAGUAAGUUAAGAUGGAAGUGAAAAGCUCAUUUUAGAUUCAAUAAAAAUUGUUAUAGGACCCUAUACAUGUUAGUUAACACUGAAUUACUACUGACCUGAUUCACAUUUGAUGACUUUCCCUAGUGAUUUAGCACUCAAAAUUUUUUAAAACAUCAGUAAAACUGAAGACUGAUUGUAUCAACAUGCACUUCUUUAAAUUACUUUUGAUUAAUUAAUUAUUUUCAUCAGGACUAUGAAAUUCAGUCGAUUGUUUAAGUAUGAUAGUUCAAUUCUUUUCAAAACAGCAAGUAAUGUCAUAUUUAUUGAAAAUACAUACAUUGUUAAAAU